UCUCUUGCUUUCCAUUAUACCUUUAUCCCCUUCAUUUCUGUUCCAUUUCUCAUCCAUCGCGCGUCGUCUCCACCUUUGUUGCUUGUGCCACCAAGCUAUCUCCUCCUCUCCUCUCUACUAGUGCUUCUGCUUGCUCGAUCAGCAGUGAGCUUCAAGCUAGCUAGCAAGCAUGGUGGAGACUAGUACAUCCCUUGUGAAAUUAGAGCAAGAUGGCAGCUUGUUCUUGCCUCCAGGCUUCAGAUUCCAUCCCACAGAUGCGGAGGUAAUCUUGAGCUACCUCCUGCAGAAAUUCCUCAACCCUAGCUUCACCUCCUUGCCAAUCGGCGAGGUCGACCUCAACAAGUGCGAGCCAUGGGAUCUCCCAAGCAAGGCGAAGAUGGGGGAGAAAGAAUGGUACUUCUUCAGCCACAAGGACAUGAAAUACCCGACGGGGAUGCGAACCAACCGAGCCACCAAGGAGGGAUACUGGAAGGCCACCGGCAAGGACAGGGAGAUCUUCAACCUGCAGCCUACCAGCUAUGGAGGCAGCAGCAACAACAAGAAUAAUAAGCAGCUGGUUGGGAUGAAGAAGACGCUUGUGUUCUACAUGGGGAGAGCUCCCAAGGGCACCAAGACCAACUGGGUGAUGCACGAGUUCCGUCUCCACGCCAACCUCCACAACGACAACCCGAACCUUCGUCUCAACCUCAAGGAUGAGUGGGUUGUGUGCAAGGUAUUCCACAAGAAGGGAGACGAUCGCGAAGCCAUCAACAAGCAGCAGGCACAGGCUGCAGCUGUUGAUCAGUACUCUGCCGGAACACCCAACAACGGCAGCUCCGUCGAAGCCGGCGACGACGACGACGACUUGUUCCAGCUCGACUCCAUCAUCGACCCCAGCAUCUACUUCAGCAACUCAUCAGCUGCCAACAUCUUGUCGGCGCCGCCCAACAUGUCCAAUUCCGUCGUCGCUGCCAACUACGGUGCAAGUACGACGACGACUGGUACUGCUAGUGCUGGUAGCUUCCAGCAGCAGCCAAACUACUGCAGCUUGAUCAACAAAAGCAUCAGCAGCAGCAAUGUCUCCUCUUGGAAUAAUAUGCCUCCACCUCCUCCUGUAGCUGAAGGAGGAGUCCAUGGAAUUGGAAGCAGCUACAGCUUGCAGCACCAGGCAGCAAUGGUGAAAGCCCUACGAGAUGUCAUUCGUCUCCCAAAUCCUCUUGGCAUGCCGCAGUACAAGUUAGAUGAUGCUUAUCUAUGGGACUCAUCGUAAUAGCUAGUGCUGCUGCUGCUGCUGCUUAAUUACGUGCUGAGAAUUUUUGGUGCUCGAUCGGCUAGCUACGGCACUACUGAAUUGAGCAUGUGCCUGGAUACUUUGCAUGGUCGUUUGGUCAUCGAAUUAUUAGGAAUAUACUAUAUAGCUAUACAUUCGUGCAAUUUUGUUGAUUGCUUUGUUGUUUAGUUUUGGUCUUCUGUACAAAGAUCAUGACAUUUUGCUUCGUGAGUUUCUUGCUGGUAAUGCUGAUUGAUAGAUGUUCUCUUGCGGCACAUAUUUUUGGAACUUGCUAUAUAAUACUCUAGCCUUUAAUUUGGUGGCAUUUGUGGA